CGAGGACAGAGCGCAUCCCUUGUCAGCUGCGGUCCUUCGUCUAUGUAGACGCUAGAUUGCAUCUAUAUGUAUACAUGCACUUUGAACAAGUGCCCAUCUGACACUAUCGAGUCUUCCUCUACCUUGACCACCUCUCAAUAACAAUGAUGCUCAGGUGCAGAUGUCUUCCUUCUCAUAGCUUGCGUCUCAUACGCUACUCCUCCUCAUCAAGUGCAUCAAGCACACCUGCAACGCUCGACGAGCUCUUUGCAAAGCCAUCCUGGUCAACAAGCACACUCCUCGCUCCACCCUCAACAAGCGAAACACCCAUCCAACCCAUCAGCGAAGAACAACUUGCUCAUCUCUAUAAGCUCUCUGCCCUACAACUCCCUCAAGACUCAACUGAGCGUCUUGCGCGACGUCGUGCAUUAGCAACACAGCUUCAUUUUGUGAGACUCGUGCAUGAGGUGGAUACAACAGGUAUCCAACCCCUUCACAACGUACUCGCUUCACAGCAUACAAGCAGCUUGACGUAUGACGCUGCCUUGGCUGUUGGUCAACAGGCGAAAGAGCGAUUCAAGCUCGACGAUGCACAGUGUGCUACAGGUCAAACACGCUUGAAGCCAGAUUAUACAAAGCUUGCGAAACGCACGCGAGGCAGGUUUUAUACGGUCUCUGGGGGUCUUGUGAAUAAGACUGAGCAGUGACUGGGCAGGAUGCUCCAU